AUGGGAGAGAAUUCUGAAGGAAAAACGAUAGAUGAUUUAUAUACAUUACUAAACCACAUGAACAAUAAUAUUGGCACAAAAAUAGACAACGUAGCGUUCGAACUUAAAACAUUUAAAAAAGAAACUACUAAAAAAGUAGAAAUUCUAAAGGAAAAAAUUGAAAACUUAGAAAACGCAAAUGAAAAAUUAACAUCUCGUAUAGAAAGACUAGAACAAAAUAAAAAAAGGGAAAAUUUAAUUUUUUGUGGAAUUUUCGAAAACGAUCCUGAAACAUUUAAAGACCUAUUAAAUAUUGUAGAAAACUUAUUAAAAAGCAACUUAAAGAUUGAAGUUACAAAUUUUGAUAUUACCAACAUAUUUAGAAUUGGAAAAAAAGUAUUAAAGAAUACUGGGAUAUACGUUUCUGAGGACCUAAUCGAAAAGGAUCUUAAUGAAAGAAGAAUUCUAGUGCAGCACCUGAAACAAGCUAAACUUGAAAAAAAGGAAGCAAAAUUAAUAGGAAAAAAACUAAUCGUUAACGGAAAAGUGUACACUUACCAAGAUCUUGAAAAUCCCGAAGAAAAUUUAUACUUAUCCCCACAAACGAUUAGAAAAGCAGCAAGCGAGCCACCAACUCCAUCUUUGCCAGUCUCUGAAGAUUCGGUAGAAACAAAUUUUGCUGAAAAACCCAAUCUAUCCCAAGCGAAUCCCAAGGAAAAGGAACAAAAAAAUAACGUGAACCCCCAAGUAGCAAAAAAAGUCAAUCAAAACUCGACGAAAGAAAAAAUAAAACAAAAACAAAAAAACAAUAAAUAA